CCUGUCGAAUGUUACCUCAGGCUGUCAUGACAUAAAUGUCACCUCACACGGCAAGCAAAUCCACUUCAGCCUGAAAGGUCAUUGAUAGUGAGAGACAAGAUGAGCGGGAGAGUCGGGGAUUUAAGCCCAAAACAGGUCGAGGCUUUGGAAAAGUUAAGAGAAGCUGUGAAGGACAUAUUGACACCCAGUCAUGAUGAACACUGCUUGCUUAGGUGGCUAAGAGCCAGAGAAUUUGAUGUCAAGAAAACAGAGACCAUGAUGCGUAAUGAUGUGGUGUGGAGACAGCAAGUCGGGGCAGACACGAUCAUUGAAGAUUGGGCGGUGCCAGAAGUGGUGGAGAAGUACUACACGGGUGGACUGUUUGGACAGGACAAGGAAGGGGCACUACUCUGGAUUGACCCAUUCGGACACAUUGACCUCAAAGGAAUUUGCAGAUCAGUGAAAAAGCGAGAUAUUAUUAAAAGCAAGAUUCACUUGCUGGAGACCAUAUACAGGAAGUUUGCACAGCUGACCAAAGAGCAAGGUAGACAAGUGGACCAAAUCGUUAUCGUAUUUGAUUUAGAAAAGUUUGGAAGAAGACAUUUAUGGAAACCAGGCGCCGACCUCUUCUGUGAGAUGGUGGAGCUGUUCGAGGACCAUUACCCAGAAACUCAGAAAACAUGCUUUGUCAUAAACGCACCAACCAUUUUCCCGGUAGUAUACAACAUUGUAAAGCCAUUUCUAAAUGAGGGAACAGCAAAAAAGGUCCAUGUUUUGGGAAGCAACUAUAAAGAUGUGCUAAAGAAGUACAUAGAUGCAGACCAGCUUCCUAUUCACUGGGGAGGAACGGCAUGCGAUGACAACGGGGAUCCGAAAUGUUCCUCUAAGAUCUGUUUUGGAGGCGAAGUUCCUGAGUCGUAUUACCUGAAGAUGCAAUCUUCUGAAAGCCUGAACUUCAAAGAGGUCCUUGUUAAACGGGGGUCAACAGUACAGCUGGAUUUUGACAUAAAGGUGGCUGGCAGUGGACUGCGGUGGCAGUUUACCACAGAGGGAUUUGAUCUUGGUUUUGGUGUGUACCGCCGUACAGAGAAUGGUGUUCGACAGAAGGCAGGUGACAUGGAGGAAGUGAUCCCGACACAGCGUGUCAACAGUCACAUGGUUCCAGAGGACGGCUUCUACACCUGUACAGAACCUGGUGUCUAUGUGCUUCGUUUUGACAACACGUACAGCUGGGCCAGAAGUAAGCAGGUGUUAUACUCUGUGGAGGUGCUCGUACCGGAUGACACAGGUGCCACCAAGGUGUGGAAGGAAGUAGGGCAAGCAGACGCAGCAAUUGUCAAUGGCACAGAUACCUGACAGCCACAAAAUUUUAGGAGAUCAAGAUAAUAUUUCAGAUAUUAUGAUCCUUUGUGUGGAGUGAUUGAGUGAUUGAGUGUUGAUAUUGAUAUGAUCAUGUACGUUAUUAUGGGGACAAAGAAUUGUUUAUUCCAUGACGCAGCAAAGCUCUGAGUUAUAAGGCAAGUCAUAUCUUCCUAUAGUGACCAGGCUGUCGUGGGCUGACCUCUGUUGGCCCACAUGACCGUAUAUGUUUAGUUGUCAAGUCUAUGUCAUAGCUGACUUCUGUUGGUCCAUAUGACCAUAUAUAUGUGGUUGACUUGUCAUGUUGACCAUAAGAAAUGACCAAGUUGUAAAGUCUUUGUCAUAGCUGACUUCUGUUGGUCCAUAUGACCGUAUAUAUGUGGUUGACUUGUCAUGUUGACCAUAAGAAAUGACCAAGUUGUAAAGUCUUUGUCAUGGCUGACUUCUGUUGGUCCAUAUGACCUUAUAUAUGUGGUUGACUUGUCAUGUUGACCAUAAGAAAUGACCAAGUUGUAAAGUCUUUGUCAUGGCUGACUUCUGUUGGCCCAUAUGUGGCUGUAUAUUAGUUCAGUUAUAAUGUAAUAUUACCGAGUUGUCAUAUCUGUAUACAGCUACAUGAUGUUGUGGAUGGCUGAUAUAUUGGGUUGGAUGGUUGAUUUUUCAUAUCGACUAUUACAAAGACCAAGUUAUCUUGUAAGUCGUCGUCGUGUCGAUCAGUGUAAGGGAAUUUAUGCUAAUCAUGGAAUGUUUUACUUAAGUAUAAAAAUAUAAAUAAAUAAAAAAAGAAAAUCCAUGUUUUGUAAAGCACUUGACAUGGCUUUUGACUUACCUCUUGAAUUGGCGCUUCAACACGGCGGAAUCUUAUAGUUUCCUUCCACCUGUACACUGUACAGUUGCAACUAAUAUUGCCUGUAGAACAGUGCAGAAUUUAUUUUGUUCACUGUGAGGUAGAUUUCUAUCGGAACGGGAGUCAUCAGCCGUCAUGGAAGAAGAAAUGUUUUAAGAGAGUGUCAGGAAAACAAAAGUAUAUCAGCACUCAUCAGGCUUCUCCACACGUAGUUUCUGACAAAGUGUCAAGAGCUGGAUUUGAACCCCUGAUUAUCUGAUUGAUGGAUUAUAUCAAUUACACAAAGGGCAAUUUUGACUUCGAACAAUAACACCUAGAAUCAUUCCGUGCAAUGUUAUCUGUCUUGUAUUGAGUAUAUUUUUUACAAGUAUUGAUUGAUUUUAUUUUUUCACAUUUUCCGGUUUUAACUUACCUGUAGCCUUGAACAGUGAGUUGCGCUAAUGGUAUUACAAACCAUUUCUAAGGUUUUGAUAUAAUUAUUAUUGGUGAGCAUUAUUUUUUUUUAACUACAAAUCCACCGGGAUGCAUGAAGUCAAAGGGUUUUGCAUUCCUGAAAAGAUUGUAUGUGGUCUUACAAGAAGUCUGUGUGCUAUCAGCUGCUGCUUUUGUAACUGGUGAAGCUUAGUGGAAAAUAUCAACAUGGGAUUUAAGUUAAAGACUUCAUUACCUUACAUCUAGUGUAUAUUCUACACAGUUGAAACAAAUGUUUUGAAUCUGUAUUUUCAUCCAGGGAGAAAAUUAAGUAGAUAUGUUGAUCUUGUUUAUGUUCAACACAGUUUAAAAAAAUUUUUUAUUCUAGAUUUUGAACCACAGAGAAAAUGUUCAUCUACAUCUAGCUCAGUCACAUUUGGAAUAAGAUCAUAUUCCACAGGUUGAUGUGUAGAUAUACAUGAAAUGUUAGUGUGCACAUGCAUUUAACAGGAAGAAAAACAAAAAUUCAAAUAAGGGUCAUCAGAAUGACCGUGGAAACCAUGUCUAAAAACAUGUAUGAAUUCACAGUACCAUAUUCAGAUUGUAAGGUGGGUGUUAUGGGCCAUACUAGUAUUUGAUUUCAUUAGUGUGUAUAGAUAUUUCAAGAAAGGCAUCUAAAGAAAUUCUGUGUCUGAGUAUAGUCACUAGAUACAGUGUAAUGAUCCUGCUGUAUUACUGAGAUAAUGGAUUAUAUAUGUAUAGAAGUUACAAAGUAUGUGUAUGCCAGUUUUGUUUUGAGAAAAUAAUAUGAACAGGAGUCAAAAAAAUGCUGAAAAUAUUUUUUAUAUGAAGCUCAUAAAGUAUUUAGAAUGAAAUAAAAAAUUAAUUCAUUAAGAGUGAUUAAAAUCAUACAUGUAUACUGACAUGUGGCAUUGAGUCAAGUCCAUGUUACUUUGACACCAUCAGUGUACAAGUGAUAUCAAGCAUUAGACUACAUGAAGUAUUGCCAGUUAUAGUCAAAUGCCUCUUUAUUAGUCUCAGUGGAGGUAAGUUUUGAUUAAUAUGUGAUGUAUACAACAAAACCUCAGUGUUAUGUUUUUUGUGUAAUUUGUGUGGGUGGGGGGUGCCCUGGAUAUUUGAUCAUCUGUCUUUCAGAAUUUGCAGUGUUACCUCUUGCCAAUAAUGUUGGACUAUGUUUUUUCAGUACUUGUUUUGAAAAUACUAUUUAUGAAUUUCUUCACUUUAAAUACUUUUGUCAGAAUUAUUUAGAAAAUAGAAGUGAACAAAAUAUUUUGUUGAUACAUGUAAUGUGAUAUGACAAACAUAAAUUUUCUGCCUGAUUGAC